AUUUUAAUUCAUAGCUGAGUGGGCGGCGGCGGUUGCUUCCCGACGCCGGCUACUGCGCACGUUAUAGUCCUGUGAGGCCAUGUCAGGCGACGCAGCCACAGAGCAGGCAGCUGAAUAUGUCCCAGAGAAGGUGAAGAAAGCUGAAAAGAAAUUAGAAGAGAAUCCAUAUGACCUUGAUGCUUGGAGCAUUCUCAUUCGAGAGGCACAGAAUCAACCUAUAGACAAAGCACGGAAGACUUACGAGCGCCUUGUUGCCCAGUUCCCCAGUUCUGGCAGAUUCUGGAAACUAUACAUUGAAGCAGAGAUUAAAGCUAAAAAUUAUGACAAAGUUGAAAAGCUAUUUCAGAGAUGCCUUAUGAAGGUUUUGCACAUUGAUUUAUGGAAGUGUUAUCUUUCGUAUGUCUGAGAAACCAAGGGUAAACUACCAAGUUACAAAGAGAAAAUGGCUCAAGCUUAUGACUUUGCACUGGAUAAAAUCGGAAUGGAAAUUAUGUCCUAUCAGAUUUGGGUGGAUUAUAUCAACUUCUUAAAAGGCGUGGAAGCAGUUGGAUCUUAUGCAGAAAACCAGAGAAUAACAGCUGUCCGAAGAGUUUAUCAGCGAGGCUGUGUUAAUCCCAUGAUCAACACUGAACAGCUAUGGAGAGACUAUAACAAAUAUGAAGAGGGUAUCAACAUUCACUUAGCUAAGAAAAUGAUUGAAGAUCGGAGUAGAGACUACAUGAAUGCUAGGCGUGUAGCAAAGGAAUAUGAGACAGUAAUGAAAGGUUUGGAUCGCAAUGCCCCUUCAGUGCCUCCUCAGAAUACUCCUCAAGAAGCUCAGCAAGUAGACAUGUGGAAAAAAUAUAUACAGUGGGAAAAGAGCAACCCUCUUCGCACAGAGGACCAGACCCUUAUAACAAAAAGAGUUAUGUUUGCUUAUGAACAGUGCCUGCUUGUGCUGGGUCAUCAUCCUGAUAUUUGGUAUGAAGCUGCCCAGUACCUGGAGCAGUCAAGUAAGCUGCUUGCAGAGAAGGGAGAUAUGAAUAAUGCCAAAUUAUUUAGUGAUGAAGCUGCUAAUAUAUAUGAAAGAGCCAUAAGCACUUUAUUGAAGAAGAAUAUGCUUCUUUAUUUUGCAUAUGCAGAUUAUGAAGAGAGUCGCAUGAAGUACAAGAAGGUUCACAGCAUAUAUAACAGACUUCUGGCCAUCGAGGACAUCGACCCCACCUUGGACAAAUCUGUUGCCUUUAAGAUUUUUGAACUGGGACUGAAGAAAUACGGAGACAUUCCAGAGUAUGUCCUGGCCUAUAUUGACUAUCUCUCUCACCUCAAUGAGGACAAUAAUACACGAGUUUUAUUUGAACGAGUUCUAACAUCUGGAAGCCUUCCUCCCGAGAAGUCCGGGGAAAUAUGGGCCCGAUUUUUAGCUUUUGAAAGUAAUAUUGGUGAUCUAGCUAGUAUACUUAAAGUGGAGAAAAGACGGUUUACAGCAUUCAAAGAAGAGUAUGAAGGCAAAGAAACGGCUUUACUGGUAGACAGAUACAAGUUCAUGGAUCUGUACCCUUGUUCUGCAAGUGAACUAAAAGCGCUGGGUUACAAGGAUGUCUCCCGGGCUAAGUUAGCAGCUAUAAUUCCAGAUCCAGUGGUAGCUCCUUCUAUAGUGCCUGUUCUGAAAGAUGAAGUGGAGAGAAAACCAGAGUACCCUAAACCAGACACCCAGCAGAUGAUUCCAUUCCAGCCACGGCACUUAGCACCACCCGGCCUGCACCCUGUCCCUGGUGGAGUGUUUCCCGUGCCGCCCGCAGCUGUGGUUCUGAUGAAACUUCUCCCUCCGCCUAUCUGUUUCCAGGGUCCUUUUGUCCAAGUGGAUAAACUGAUGGAAAUUUUCCGAAGAUGCAAGAUACCCAACACUGUGGAGGAGGCUGUGCGGAUCAUCACUGGGGGCGCCCCCGAGCUGGCCGUGGAGGGCAACGGCCCGGUGGAGAGCAACGCGGUGCUAGCCAAGGCCGUCAAGAGGCCCAACGAGGACGAGGAGAAGGGCGCCGUGGUGCCCCCGGCGCAUGACAUCUACAGAGCGCGGCAACAGAAGCGGAUCCGGUGAGGCCGGCCCCCGCGCCCGGGAAACGAGCAGGACCCGCUUUUGCCUCCGAAGUCGUAUGUUUAAGAGACAGCGCUUUGUUACAAGGGUCUUGGAAGCAAAGCUGUAUCGUCAUUGGUGCCUCUAUCAUAUGGUUCUUGAAAAAACCUGUGAGAAUUUUAGAAUAUGGAACAGACCUAUGCUCUACGCAGGAUUAGGGUUUCCACACUAUGAGAACAGUACAGAACGGCAGAACCACCUUUUGUCCCCUCUUCAAGGGUGUGUUGUCUGUGCCGCUUGAAGAUUUGUGAGUUUUCCACAGUUUUAUUUUAAAAACUGGAUGGCUUAUGAUUGUAAAGCAUUUUAUCACAUUUUCUGAAAAACAGUUGUUCUCAGUUUGCUUAUGUAGAGUCCUGCCUUAUCGUUUGUUUUUAUUUAUGGCAGAGUGUAUGGAGUCUGUUUUGUAGUUUAAAAUUUUAAAACAGUCCUUUAAAAAAUAAAAGGAUCUCA